ACACAUUGCAACACCUAAAGCUCCGCCUCCUAUUCCAAGGGGAGGGUAUAAAAGGAUGCCACAAUGAUCCGGCUGCAGUCUGAAUUUCAGCAUUGAGAAGGAGAGUACUGUUGCUUGCUGUCAGACUUUACCAUUGUGAAUUUCACCAUGUUUCCCACGCACCUUUUCUACAGUUUCGAUGUUCUGCUGUGGCGUGCCCAACAAAGAAGAUCCGAAGAUGAUGAGACACGGCGCCGCUGCCGAAGAGAUUGGAUCCAUCCCAUCACUGCAGCACGGAUGACCCAUGGGGUGCACAGUACUUUGUACGCGGAGCUGCACCAGCACCCCGAGAAGUUUGCAAACUAUCUACGGAUGUCUGUAGAAACAUUUGACAACCUUCUACCACGCAUCAGUGAAAGGAUCUGCUGCCAAGACACCCACCUCAGAAGGAGCAUCUCGCCAGAGGAACGCCUCAUUGUAACCCUCAGGAUCCUGGCAUCCGGUGAGAGUUUUUCGUUGCUCCACUUUCGCCUGGGAAUUUCCACCAUCUCUGGUGUUGUCCGGACCACUUGCGAUGCCCUGUGGGAUUGCCUUCUAGAAGAAUAUCUCCCACAACCUUCAGCAGAACAUUGGCUUAAAGGGGUUGUGCGCUGCCCUGCCUUUCGGAGCUCCGCUCGCAGCGUCCAGAAAUUCAUUACUUCGAACGCUGUGUGCGGGCUUCCGUGUUCGCGGCCGGCCCCUCGUGACAUCACACCCGCCCCCUCAAUGAAAAUCUAUGGGAAGGGGGCGUGACAGCGGUUGUUAAGGCAGCUGUUGUUAAGGCAGCUGUUCUACACAACUUCAUCCUAACCAAGGAGCCUUCCCCAGUGAUCCUGAAGAAGUGGAAGCAGUUCCGCCUGGACUACA